AACGUUUUUAUCUAAUAUUGCGAUAAAAUUAUAGUGACUAGUUUAAUAAAAAUGUUUUGGACUCCACUGUUAUUAAUAGUUUUAAUUUUAAUACUGUGUUAUCAUAUCAACCAUUUGCUUAGAGAUAAAAAAUUUGACAAAAUCCCAGGACCUAAAGAGAUUUUCCUUAUUGGUAAUGGAUUAGAUUUUUUAAAGGAUUCUGUUGCAUUGUUCACCUAUUUACGUAAUUUGACACAUAUAUACAAGGAUCUCUGUAAGUUGAAAAUAUUUUAUCUGAAGAAUAUUCUAAUAUAUAACCCAGAGGAUGUAGAGACAAUACUAACUAGCACGAAAUAUAAUGAAAAGGGUUAUUUGUCGUAUUUCUUGCGACCCUGGUUAAAGGAUGCCAUUCUUCUCAGUGACGGAACUAAGUGGCAUCAGCGGAGGAAAAUUCUGACUCCAGCAUUUCACUUUAACAUACUCCGGCACUUCAGCACAAUAUUGGUGGAGAACAGCGAGAAGUUAGUGGAGAGUCUCCGGCCAGAAACAGACAAGUCGGGAACGGACAUUUAUCCUUUCAUAGCUGGCAUGACUUUAAAUUCUAUUUCUGAAACAGCAAUGGGUACGUCUUUAGAUAACGAAACGAAGGACAUCGGGACAAAAUAUAAAGAGGCAAUACAUAUGCUGGGAACAUACCUACUUUACAGAGUUCAACGAUUUUGGCUUCAUCCUCAAGCAUUGUUUAACUUAAGCCCAGUUGGGAGAAGUCAGAAGAAAUUACUGAAGGUGAUUAGUUCCUUUCGUGAUCAUGUUAUUAAACAAAGGCGGGAAAAUGGGACCUACAAGAACCUAUAUACAGAUGUUAAGGACGAUGACGUCGUUAUAGGUCAAAGUAAACGAUUGGCGAUGCUGGAUUUGUUAUUAGAAACAGAGGAGAAAGGAAAGAUAGAUAUUGAAGGGAUCAACGAGGAAGUCGACACAUUCAUGUUUGAGGGCCACGAUACAACUGCAUGUGUCCUUCAAUUCGCUUUUAUGAUCAUUGCAAAUCAUCCAGAGGUACAGGAUAAAAUACUCGAGGAGUACAGACAUAUAUUUGGCACAUCUAAUCGGAAGCCUACAAUGUCUGACUUAUCAGAGAUGAAGUAUUUAGAAUGUUGCAUCAAAGAAACGUUAAGGCUCUACCCGUCGGUGCAUUUUAUAAUCAGAUAUUGCAAACAAAAAUUAAAAUUGAAAGACUACGAGUGUCCAGUUGGAACGGACUGUGUUAUUUUUAUUUUCGACUUGCAUCGACGUAGUGAUCAGUUCGUCGAACCUCUCAAGUUCCGUCCGGAGAGGUUUCAGGAGGAACCCACUUGGCCCCCGUUUGCUUACAUACCAUUCAGCGCAGGACCCCGCAAUUGUAUUGGUCAAAAAUUUGCGAUGAUGGAAAUGAAGUUGGCGAUAUCUGCGGUUCUUCAACAAUACCGUUUGUUACCAGUCACUAAGCCGGAGGACAUCGUCUUUAUCACCGAUAUCGUCUUACGACCAAGGGAUCCUAUUUAUGUGAAAUUUGUAAAACGCUAAUUAAUAAAAUAAUUACAUUUUU